AAGAGGUCGCCGGCCCGUCAGUCAGCUGUUGCGGUACGAACGAGAGGGACGACGCAGACCGACCGACGCAAAACUAACACAACCUCCGUCGAGUGCGCACCAGACAGUCAGACAUCGCAAACGCCCCCGAUAUCUAUCAGCUCUAUCAGUCAACUUGCUACUCUUCCCAACCAGGCGCCCCAAGUCUCGUGUUUUAUUCAAUCGAAGUCUUCGAACCCCAUUAAAAUUGCGACCACGAUGGCCACCUACGCUACAUACAGACAUAUCGAGCUUGACAAAGUUGGGCACAGUAAAAAAAGAGUACGCAAUCCGCCCAGCGAUAUUUUGAACGUUAUCUGCACUCCUCCUUCAAAUCAUAUGAACGGAAGCUUUACUUCCAGAAGAUCGUUGCAUGAUAAUUCUUUUAAGAGGUUGUUUGGAACAUCAGACUCUGCUAUCACGCCAAGCAGAAAAUCAUCUCUUCCAAAAACAGAUGUAACUACGAGAAACCCAGUAACUGGUGAUGGUGUUAUCUCUUGGGAUUGCAGACCUGACAAGAAAAGUCCCCGUGUCCUCACAGGUAAAACGGUUGUAAAACAAAGAAAUCCUGUAACUGGAGAAUUUUAUACGAUUAUAAGUCCAACUACAACACCAGUUAAACAAAACGGACUUCCGACACCGAAUGGCAGCAGCACUCCCAUUUUAAAUGGUAGUGUAAUUCUCACCAAUGGCAACAAUAACAUUACCACAAAUGGCCAAGCUUAAAAUCCCAAUGUUUUCCGAAUAAAAGAUUUAAAAAAAUCUAUCAUAAAAACAAAAAAAAAAUAGAAUUCACAUAUUCCCUUAAAAUACUGAAUAAUAACAUUUAUUCAGUAUCGUAUACAUUUAUAACAUAAGAAUAGUGUUGAAGCCCAUAUAGUACUGUUAUCUUCCUCACACCUAGCAUUUCCUCCCCCGUUGCGUAAACGAGAAGUAUUACAUUGUCCUAUGGCUAGAGCCUGUUCUCUACAUAUUAACUAAAGUAGCAAUUUAUAAUAUAUACCAAGCGAAAAAUAAUAUAUAUUAUAAAUUAGGCGAUCGUCGAAAAUAAAAAAUUGUAGCGGUAAUGUUGUAUUAAAAUUUUAAAGAGAAAAAAAUAUGUCUUUGAAAAAUUGGUUUAAUACAAUGGUUAUUGGCGCGUUUUAAAAGCGAUUGAUGAAAUGUUGUUGUGUUGGAACCCUACCCGGGUACGAUGGCUGUCAGAAAGUGCACUUUUUAUUUAAAAAUGAAUUUAUAUAGAUAUAGUAUUUUAUUUUAUUGCAGAUUACUACGAUCAAAUACUAUUUGUUUUUUAAGCUUUAGGUAACUGAUAAGCGUCUGUUAAAAACAAACUAUUAUUUGCUGUAACAGUUUAUAAUUAAUAUAGCAAUACAUUUUUAUACCAAAAAUAA